AAUGAUUCUGUUUCCAAAAACUAUAUGGUAUAUUUAAAAAAUUCAAAGGUAAAAGCUAAAUCGGAAGAAGACGUCGAUGAUCCAAAUGAUGAAAUCUAUGAGUUCGAUGAGCUGGAGGAACCAACUGGAUCGCAAGAAGGUCAGGAGAUGUUGUUAACGAAAGUCAUACCUGUUAAAGCAACAGAUUCUGUUCAAACGAUUACGCAUAAGUGCCCACAUUGUAUUUAUCGAACACAUAAACGAUACAUGUUAUCCCGCCAUAUGAGAUCCCAUUCGGACGACCGUCCGUACAUUUGUUCAAUGUGCGAUCGUGGCUUCAAGACGAAUAUCACAUUACAAAAUCAUAGGAAUGUGCAUCUAGGAAAUAAGCCGCAUCCGUGUUUGUCGUGUGAGAGUCGCUUUACCACAGCUGGAGACUUGGCCAGGCACGUUCGAUACAAGCAUACCUUCGAAAAGCGUCAUAAGUGCACUGAGUGUGAUUAUGCUACCGUCGAAAUGAGUAAGUUACGGCGCCACAUUCGUGCGCACACUGGUGAACGUCCAUACCAGUGCCCUCAUUGCACCUACGCUUCGCCGGACAGCUUUAAACUGAAACGACAUUUGCGCACACACACCGGCGAGAAACCCUACGAAUGUGAUAUCUGCCAAUCCCGGUUUACACAAUCGAACUCACUUAAGGCUCACAAACUUAUACACAGCGUGGAUGACAAGCCCGUCUUCCAGUGUGCGCUAUGUCCAACGACAUGCAGCCGUAAAUCGGACCUGCGGAUUCACGUACAAAAACUGCACUAUUCUGAUACGCCAAUUAUAUGUAAAAGGUGCGGCAAGGAUUUGCCCGAUCGGUAUAGCUACAAGAUGCAUGUUAAAACUCAUGAAGGAGAACGUUGUUACAGUUGUGACCAGUGCCACUACAAAUCGAUUUCCACGCGAAAUCUGGAAAUGCAUAAACAAAUUCACAGCGAUGAAAAGCCAUUUGAGUGUGAUAAAUGUGGACAAACCUUCCGACAGAAGCAGCUACUUGGGCGUCAUAUAAAUAUUUAUCACAAUGAAAAUUACGUACCACCUCCAAGGCUUGAGAAGACACAUCACUGUCCAUAUUGUACGCGUGUAUUUGCCCAUAAGGGUAAUAUGGUACGGCACAUGCAGUUGCAUGAUGUUGCUGAGGAGCAAGGCAAGAAUGAAAUAAAAGUUAAAGUUGAAACCGAGCACGGGGAAAAUAUAUUAGAUUUCGAAGAUUCCUAUAUCGACGAGGAAGAUGAAACCAACAGCGUUGAAAACUUUGAAGAGUAUGAAAUAAUCGAGGAAAUAGAAGAAGCAGAAGGCGACAUAACUAUCGAAACAUUGGAGCCCACUACUAGCAAAUCACACAACGUUAGGAAUGCCAAAAUAGUGAAACCAAAACAGGAGCAAGUAAAAGAAAAUAAGUAUGGUAUUAAAAUAGAAAAUGAAUUUGAAGCAAUAGAUGAGGAUGACGAGAGUGGUUUGCCUGGUUAUAUGGUCGUAAAAGUAAUGCAAAGUGACGAUGAAUUAGAGGAUGACGGUGAUGAUUGUGUUAUUUUAACUAACUUGGAAAACGUAAAAACGACAGAUAAUAAUGAAAACAAGGGGGAUGCUGCUAAUUGUUUCGGCUUCAAGCUCGAAGAAGGCGAAGAUGAUGAUGAAUUUGAGGAAGCUGUUUUUCUGAACAUAUACAUCGAACGCGAGCGAGAACAUCGAAUUUCGAACCGAUGUUAUCGAUGUUUCAAAAAUAUCGAUGCAUCGUUUGCACAUCUACUUGGAAAAACCUUCGUUUUUGUAUUAUCAAAUGAGCUGCAUCCUUUGGAGUACCACCAGUCAAUAGUAAACUCAAAAGAUCAUCGUAAAACUAAGGCUAAAAUGUCUGAAACAGUUGAUGGAGAUAGUAAAGCUCAAGAAAUGGAUGCACUAGAGCGUUCGACACGUACGGAAAUUACGCGCUGUCUGUCCGAUGAACUAGAUAGUGCUAAGCAGGGAUCAACAAAUCUACAACCCAUACAACCCGAAUUAGGACGACCACCAAAGCGCAAGGUUAUUUGUACGACGCCUGCAACAUUAAAUAAUGAUUCUAUUCUGGAUAAUUAUACUGAAGCAAAUGAUGAAACACAUGAGUUAGACGAGCUGGGGGAUGAACUUAAAUCGCAAGAAGGUCAGGAUAUGCCAUUAUUGAAAGUCAUGACUAUUAAAGCUACAGAUUCUUCUCAAUCGGCCGUUCUUAACUGCUCACAUUGUAAUUUCCAAACAAGUGAACAAUUCAUGUUAUCCCGCCAUAUGAAAUCUCAUUCCGACGAUUGUUCUCACGCUUGUUCAAUAUGUGGUCGUGUCUUCAAGAACAAAAACAAAUUACAGGAUCAUAUGAAUGCACAUCAGAGAAAUAAGCCAUUUGCGUGCUUGUCGUGUGACAGUCGCUUUAUCCGAUCUGGAGACUUGGCCAGGCACGUUCGAUACAAGCAUAGUUUUGCAAAGCGUCAUGAGUGUAGUGAAUGUGACUAUUCUUCCGUAGAAAUCAGUAAGUUACAGCGUCAUAUGCGUUCGCACACCGGUGAACGUCCGCACAAGUGUCCUCAUUGCAGCUACGCCUCGCCAGACAACUUUAAACUGCAACGACAUUUGCGCACACACACUGGUGAGAGACCCUACGAAUGUGAUAUGUGUCAUGCGCGGUUCGCGCAGUCCAACACACUUAAGUGUCAUAAACUUAUACACAACGUGGACGACAGACCUGUCUUCUACUGUGCAUUAUGUCCAACUACCUGCGGUCUUAAAGCGGUCCUGCGGAGACACGUAAAAAAGCAGCACUAUUCUGAAACACCCAUUGUAUGUAGCAGGUGCGGCAAGAAUUUUCCCGAUCGGUAUAGUUACAAGAUGCAUAAAAAAACUCAUGGAGGAGAACGUCGCAGGGCUAAAAACAAUGAGGCAUGCGGAGUAAUCGAGGAAAUAGAAGAAUCAGAAGACGACUCGACUCUCGAAACAUUAGAGCCCACUACUAGCAAAGCUCAUAACGUUGAGAAUGGUAUAAUGGUGCAGCCAAAACAGAAGCAAGUAAAAGAAAAUCAGUAUGGUAUUAAAAUAGAAGACGACCUAACUAUCGAAACAUUGGAGCCCACCACUAGCAAAGCAUACACCGUUACGAAUGGCAUAAUGGCGCAACUAAACCAGGAGCAAUUAAAAGAAAAUAAUUAUGGUAUUAAAAUAGAAAAUGAAUUUCAAGCAAUAGAUGAGAAUGACUAGAGCGGUUUGCCUGGGUAUAUGGUAGUAAAAUUUACUUUAACUUUUUUUUGGGGGAAACGUGAAACCCAUAGGUGAAAUACAAAAACAGAAAGAAAUGGAAAUAAAAGUUGUUUAGCUUACUGUUUUUUUUUUUUUAACAGAUAAUGAAGAAAUAAAAGGCGAUUUGCCACAAUUGCUUCAGCUUCAAGUUAUGGUAACAUCGUUGUCCACAAAAACAGUUCUAAUAUGAGUGAAAAUCUCUCAAGUGGGCCACCCAAAAUUGAUCAAGAUUUUUUCGCAUAAAUCACUUUAUUCGGUUUACAACCAUAAAAAAA